AUGCUGCGCCGCCGCACGGGGAAGGAUGACGUCCCGCCUUCGGACUCGUCCCGCGACAACAGCAGACCCGGACUCAAUCGGAUUAAAACAGAAGAAGACAAGCUCCGCGAGGAGUUUGACGGUGCGAAAGUCAAGCAGCUGAUCAUCCGGCCACGCAGUAAACGCCGGAAUGGUUUCAUCUUCGUGCUGGGCGGCCUGUUCGGCAUAUUUAUCGCCCUAUUCUUCGCGAACCAGCAGGAGGUCAUUAGUUUCGACUCGCUGAUGGACUUGAACCUCGACUCAUUGAUCGAUGCUAUCCCCCAGGGGAUUAUCCGUGAUGCAAAACAAUUCUCGCAACACGAACGCGACACCGUCAGCUACGAUUCCUUCGCCGUCGGGUUACACCUUCAGUCACAGGGCGUUAAGGCGAAGCACCCCGUCGUGAUGAUUCCCGGAGUUAUCUCCACCGGUCUCGAGAGUUGGGGAACCGGCACCAAUUCGCGCCAGUACUUCCGGCGACGACUAUGGGGCAGCUGGAGCAUGAUGCGGGCGCUGGUCAUGGAUAAGGCGGAAUGGAAGAAUCACGUUAUGCUCGAUCGCGAGACAGGUCUUGACCCGCCGGGUAUCAAGCUGCGUGCGGCGCAGGGAUUCGAUGCAACCGACUUCUUUAUCACGGGCUACUGGAUCUGGAAUAAGAUUCUUGAGAACCUCGCGACGAUCGGCUAUGACCCUACUAAUGCGUUUAGCGCUGCCUACGAUUGGCGACUGUCGUACCCCAACCUUGAAGUCCGCGAUCAGUAUUUCAGUCGGCUGAAGUCUUAUAUCGAGACUGCGGUCGCAGUGCAAGAUGAGAAGAUCACUCUUGCGUCGCACAGUAUGGGGUCGCAGGUGGUGCUGUACUUCUUCAAGUGGGUUGAGAGCGAGGAUCAUGGCAAUGGCGGCAAGGACUGGGUCAACAAACACAUUGACUCGUGGAUCAAUAUCAGUGGAUGCAUGCUUGGCGCCGUCAAGGGUUUGACAGCCGUUUUGUCCGGAGAGAUGCGUGAUACGGCCCAGCUGAAUGCCUUCGCCGUGUACGGGCUGGAAAAGUUCCUGUCCAAGGAGGAGCGAGCAGAGAUCUUCCGCGCGAUGCCCGGCAUCUCCAGCAUGCUCCCCAAGGGCGGCGAAGCCGUUUGGGGCAACGCAACCUGGGCACCAGACGACCAGCCCGGCCAGGUCAUGAGCUUUGGCAACCUGCUCAACUUCCGAGAGACCAAUUCUUCCUGGACGCGGCGCAACCUCACUACCUCCGAAAGUCUGCGGUACCUUCUAGACCAGAGUGAGGACUGGUACCGCAACCAGGUACUGGGCAGCUACUCACACGGGGUGGCACACACAAAACGUGAAGUCGAAGCCAACGAGAAGGACCCACGAACGUGGCUCAACCCUCUCGAGGCUCGUCUACCCCACGCCCCCGACAUGAAGAUCUACUGCUUCUACGGCGUGGGCAAGCCCACCGAACGCAGCUACUUCUACCAGGAGGAGCUGGACCCCCUGACAAACUUGAACGUCAGCAUCGACACGACGGUCACCAUCAACGAGAACAUCGACCACGGCGUGGUCAUGGGCGAGGGCGAUGGCACAGUCAACCUGCUCAGUACGGGCUACAUGUGCGCCAAGGGCUGGCGCAUGAAGCGAUAUAACCCAGCAGGUACAAAAAUCAAGGUCUUCGAGAUGCCGCACGAGCCCGAUCGGUUCUCGCCUCGCGGUGGUCCCAACACUGGCGACCACGUCGACAUCCUCGGCCGUGCCUCACUCAACGACCUGAUUCUGCGUGUCGCAGGCGGCAAAGGUGACCAGAUCGAAGAGACCUUCGUGUCGAACAUCCGCGAGUACGCGGACCGAGUACAAAUCUUUGACGAAGAAUAG